AUGCCUUCCAUUGCCAUUUCAUCUCUCUCCAUCUUCUCUCUCCUCCUCUUCUUCCUCUCUUUCUCUCAAUCUCUAGCUGACAUAUCUCCAUCGAUCCCGGUCGUUGCAAGCACUGCAUGCAAUACAACGAUCUACCCCAACUUCUGCAAAUCUCUCCUCCCAUCGAGCCGAUCCUCCAACCUCUUCGACUAUGGCCGCUUCUCCGUCCGUCGGUCCCUAUCAACAGCGAGGCAGUUUUCUGCCUUGGUUGACAGGUAUCUCAAACACCGGUCCUCUUUCACAAAUACCGCCAUUCAAGCACUUGAGGAUUGCCAGCUACUAUCCGAACUCAAUGUUGAUUUCUUGGUGAAUGCGGCGGCAGCACUUGAUUCUGGUAAUAGUCUCUCUGAUAAGGAGACGAGCUACAUCGAGGCAUUACUAAGUGCGAUUCUUACUAAUCAGCAGACAUGCUUAGAUGGUCUUCAAGCGACUUCAUCUGCUUGGAGAAUCAAAAACAAUCUCGCCACUCCACUCUCAAACAGCACUCGUCUGUAUAGCAUUUCUCUAGCUCUUUUCACGCGUGCGUGGGUGCAUACGAAGAAGAGAGAUCGGUUGCAUCAUGGGAGGAACCUCAUGUUUUCAGAGAUUGAAAUUCUACGAGAUGGGCGCUUGACUUUGAGAAUGUCGGACACAAACCGCAAGCUGUUUGAGUCGAAGAGCGGACGGAAGCUUCUUCAGACGGAGACGGGUACCGUCUUUGUUAGAGAUAUUGUGACUGUUAGUAAAGAUGGAAGUGGGAACUUCACCUCCAUAAAUGAUGCUGUGGCCGCUGCUCCGAACAAAACCGACAUCAGCGGCGGGUACUUUUUAAUAUAUAUUCAAGGAGGAGUGUAUGAAGAGUAUGUGUCCAUAGACAAGAAGAAGAAGAACUUGAUGAUGAUAGGAGAUGGAAUCAACCGGACUGUGAUUACAGGAAAUAGAAGCAUUAUUGAUGGAUGGACUACUUUCAAUUCGGCCACCUUCGCCGUGGUUGGACAAGGGUUCGUCGCCAUAAACAUAACAAUCCGCAACACUGCUGGCCCGGCCAAGCAUCAGGCAGUAGCCCUCCGAAAUGGAGCUGACCUUUCAGUGUUCUACAGAUGCAGCUUUGAGGCUUACCAAGACACCUUAUAUACCCAUUCCCUCAGGCAAUUCUACAGAGAUUGCGACGUCUAUGGGACCGUAGAUUUUAUCUUUGGAAACGCAGCAGUCGUUCUUCAAAAUUGCAACAUCAACCCAAGGCUACCAAUGCAAGGCCAGACCAAUGUGGUCACAGCCCAAGGUCGAACUGACCCAAAUCAAAACACAGGUAUUUCAAUACAUAACUGUAGAGUUACUGCAGCUGCCGAUCUAGCGUCGAGCGGUGGUUCUACCAAAACAUAUCUUGGGAGACCAUGGAAGGCGUAUUCGAGGACGGUAUACAUACAAUCAUUCCUCGAUGGCUUGAUAGAGGCUUCAGGUUGGUUGCCGUGGUCCGGCGACUUCGCGCUAACUACUCUAUACUAUGCAGAAUACAAUAACAGUGGGCCCGGGUCGGGGACUGGCAGCAGAGUAGCUUGGCCUGGGUAUCAUGUGAUCAACGCCUCAGAUGCGAGCAACUUCACCAUUUCGAACUUCCUGUUGGGAGAUAAUUGGAUACCUUCAUCACGAGUGCCAUUCACAGGCGGCUUGCUGUAACAAACACCGUUCGAUUCCUUUUUCUUCUUCUGAUAAUUGUUAUUGUUUAAGAAAUUAUGUAAUAAUUAGCAAUGUGUAUUGACUUCGAAGAGGUGGAUUGUUUGGCUAGAUUUGAUUUUGAAAGAAAUAGAAAUUUUCUUCUGUUUAGAAGCUAA